GAGACAAAAGCAAGAAAAAAGCAGAGGGCACACACGCAGUACACAAUGCGUUUCACAGAGUCGCCGGUGAUAGAGCUGACCGUGGGCGACUCAAAGCUCUCAUUCCACCAGGACAAUGGCUCUAUGCACGUCGGAACCACCGUCUGGCCCUGCUCCCUCGUCCUCGUCAAGUUCAUCGAACGCUGGCACUCUUCCACUUCCACUUCCGACAACCCCUACUCAAUCCUAUUCAACUUCACCAACAAACGCGCCGUCGAACUCGGCACCGGCUGCGGCGUCGCUGCCAUGGGCCUCUACCUCCUCGGCCUCAAAGACAUCGUCCUCACCGACAUCGCACCCGUCAUGCCCGCACUCAAGCACAACUUGAAACGCAACAAACCUAUCUUAGGUAAGAUGUUAAAAAUAGCUCAACUUCAUUGGAACAAUUCAGACCAAAUUGAAGCCCUAAAACCGCCGUUUGAUAUCGUAAUUGCGGCUGAUGUGGUGUAUAUAGAGGAAUCGGUGGGGCCGUUGCUGGCGGCGAUGGAAAAGAUGGUUAGUGAUUCAGGUGUGGUGUUGUUAGGGUAUCAGGUUAGGUCACCUGAAGCCCAUGCUUUGUUUUGGGAGAAGUGUUAUCGGAUUUUUAAUGUUGAGAAGGUGCCUCAUGAGCAUCUUCACCUGGAUUAUGCGUAUGAAGAGUCUGAUGUGUAUAUUAUGCGCAAGAAGUUGUAAAAGCUACGGUAUACAACUACAACAAUCUGGUGGGAUUACAUGCAAACCAAGUAACCGCGACUCGGUCUGUGGGGGCUGUAUGUUCUUUCAGGUUCUUGUUUCUAGUAUCUUCUGUGUGAACAUGUUCCUUGUUCUAUUACGGUGUGAACUUGAUCUCACAACGAUUUGCGAGUGUAUUAGAUCUUAUGAACUUUCUAGAUGGAUGUUAGCAAAUAAGCUUAAUGAAAUACACAGUUUUUACUUCA